AUGCCUAUUGAUCCCGAAAAAUUAGCCAAGUUGCAAAAAUCCUCGUCCAAGAAGGUCGGUGGUUCCAGAAUCAAGGCCAAGAAGGUCAUCAAGGAACAAGAUGAUGUCAAAUUGAUGGAAACCUUGGGAAAAUUCAAGGCCACUAAGAUCCAAAACGUCACCGAAGCUAACUUCUUCAAAGAUGACGGUAAGGUUUUACACUUUAAGAGAGUUGGUGUCCAAGGUGCCAAUGACUACAACACUUUUGCUUUCACUGGUUACCCACAAGAAGUUGAAGUUACUAAGUUGAUUCCAGACAUUUUGCCACAAUUGGGAGCUGAAAACUUGGAAAUCUUGAGUCAGUUGGCCAAGCAAAUCCAAGAAGGAAGAACUCCUCAACUUGACAAGGAAGGAAACUUGGCUGCUGACGAUGAAGAAAUCCCAGACUUGACUGAAGGACAAAAGUUCGACGAAGUUGAGUAA